AGUUAAUUCAGCAGUGAAAGGGUUAACUUGAAAGUAUCACAAACGUAGGGCACAAAGUCGGUAAUUGACAGUCGUGGUUGAAUUGAGGUUGAAUUGAGGUGUAACGAGCGCGACGUUACGUUGUAUGAAAAAAAAUCACGUGUCGGUAAAAUACGUGACUGAUACGUGAAACGGCCGAGUUGAUAUACAAUGCAACGCGCAAUUAGUGUUGGCGAUUGUCGCGUAAUAAGCAAUAAGUACGGGCUAGGAACGAGCGGGCGCCAUUAUGGCGUUUUUGCGAGCCGUAAUUGCCGAGUACCACCGAAGUCCCGGCAAUUCGUGCGCGCUCCCCUUCGCGGUGAGGACGCGGCGAAACGCGAAUCCUUUAUAACUCGCCCAAUUAUCAUGGACACGCGAAACUCACCUUCGCUCGGUGACUUUUCUCUGUUUCAGGAGUAACAAGUACCUGCAAAAAUCGUCCAUCAGCCGCGUGUGCGCGGUCGGAGGUUUCUUCAUUAGCAUUCCGGUCUUCUUAACUGGUAUGAUCCUGUACACGUUCAUCCAGUUCCACUCGACGCCGGCGAUCGUCACGUCGGUCUUCAUUGGCCUCGGCAUCGUGUUCUGCGGGUGCGCCAUGGUCCACAACGUCUUCGUGUGGCAGAGAGAGAAGACGAACGCGGUGAAAGCACUGGCCCGCGAGCAGUGCGAGGCGGCGGCGGCGCACUUGCAGCGUCAGCAGCAGCAACUGCAGCUGCAGCACCAGUCGCAGUCGCAUCAACCGGCGCAUUCGCAGCACUCGCAGCAACAUCACCAGCAGCAUCAUCAUCAUCAGCAGCAGCAGCAGCAGCAACAGCAGCAGCAACAGCAGCAGCAACAGCAACAGCAACAGCAACAGCAGCAGCAGCAGCAGCAGCAACAUCACCACCACCAUCACCAGUCGCAGCUGCAGCUACGACCGUCGACGCUAUCGACGCUGCACGUCGGCGCGAAGAUCGCCGGUCCGGCGACCACCCACUCGACCGCCAGCCUGGCCCAAUCGGCUCGCGGCUUGCACCAUUAUCAGCACCUACAUCAGCAUCAUCAUCAUCAGCGGCACGUGUCGAUGUCGCCGCCGCUGCUGCUGUCGUCGCCGCAGGCAUCGUCGCAGCACAACCAUUUGUCGCAUCGUGGCGGCGGCGGCGGCGGCGGCGGCGGCGGCGGCAUCGUCACCGCCACACCGCCGACGACGCCCGGCGACCGGUCGCCGCCGAGUCCUGGCGGCGGCGGCAACGGCGGCGGAGGAGGAGGUAGCAGCGGCAAGCUCAACAGGUCGCAGCACUUGCCGCGCGAGACCAGUGGCAGCGUCAGCCCCGGUCUGCCAACGGCCACGCUCGACCUGAGCAGUGCCGCUACCACCAACAGUCCUCACGAAUUGUCCACUCUCGUCUAGAGACGGGGAGUGUCAUGAGAGCGAAUGGGUUUCCGCGAUAUCAAGGGAGAUACAUGUUCUCUGAGCCGAUCAACGAGAGUGUUUAUCGUAAGCUUCGUGGAAUUCAUGUUUCUGUUAUUGUAAACGUUUACGGAGACGUUGACGAAGAGUAUCGCGGGCAGCUUGUAGGAAGCACUGUACCGGAGUAGAAAGACUCUCGGACUCCGUAAGCCUAGAAGAGUCGAAGGAACGGAUCUCGAGAGUCCGAGGGAGUCUCUAUUCGGCGGCUUGUCGGUGUUUUCGAUCUAUCGCAUACACAACGGAAAUAAUCUAAGUCAUGAAUUCGUGUACGAGCACAGCCCUCCACUGGUUAAAAAGCUGAUUUAUAUGGAAAGGGGCCAAAAUGUGUCGGUGACACAAAUUGUAUGUAAUGUACGACGCGAUCUCCAGGAAAACACCGCCGAGAAAUCGGAAUGACCUGUUGCCGGGCAAUUUAUUCGGAGUUCGUGCGCGCACGGCGGCGCGGUCUUAGUCCCGGGCUUAACCGCGCUUUAAACUCGACGUGGUGGUAUGAGUGAGCGCGCCGAUUAAGGCCCCGAGAGGGAAGCACUUUGCGCCCUUUGUAAUACCCGCAACGCGAACCGCCGAAAGCGAAGACGCCGGACCGACGAAUUCUCGCGUGUACAUUGUUGCUUGCGAUCCGUAACGAUCACGUAACGAUAGACAGAAUGUUUGAUGUAAAUUCAAAUUAGCGUAAUCUUAGGCGCAUCCUAAAAGCCAAUAAUCUAAGAAUCAACGUCUACGCGAGAAAUCACGAGAUGCGGCUGAAAUUCCGUCUUGCUGAGUUUAGUCGUCGAUGUGUGUCGCGCUAUUCCUUUAGUCAUCGUGAUGCCAUAUUAUGCAGAUGUUAUCGCAAGAUAAAUUUAUUUUAUUACAAAAAAAUCUGAUCUUUGAAGGACUUCUAAGUAAGAAUAUAUUUUGUGAAGCAUCGAGCUUAGAGAUGAAACUGUCCAAGAAAGAUAUCGAAAAAUUAAGAUAGGCUUAGGAUACCGUAGAUUAAAAACCGGAUAUAUCAAAUUGACUAAAUUACUCAAAUAUAUUAAGUCUGCACGAGCGAAUCGUAACGUUACAUACACACGCGCCUAAGAUUUUAUUUUGCAUCGGUAAUUAUUAUUGACAGUUGAUAUUAUUACGUCAGUAGAAUGGCGAUUACCAAUUCGCGCCGUUGUCCACAAGUCUGAAAUCGCCGUUGGACAUUACCGGAUGAGAUUUCGUCAGUCGCAUGCGUCCGUUUAUCGUGCGUAUUCCGGCAAUUAGCGAUGAUAAACCUCGCACCUUGAAAUCUAUGUACACUCUAAGCCGUUGACCGCCUUUACAAACUUGGGUCAUUAACCAACCAGUAUUACCCGA